UUUCGUUCCGUAAAUUUUUUUCUACCGACUAUGCACGCACUCAAACAGUUUUUUCUCGUUUGGUAAUUUAUUUUAUUGACCAGUGUUAUGGAAAAAUAACAUAGUAAAUUAAAAAAAAGGAUUAUUUUUAUAUUUCAAAGAAUAUAAUACAUUCUCGGCAUAUAAAUUAAACCAUUAAGAGAAGAUUGCAUGUAAAAAAAAAAAUUAUGGAUAAGGAUACUGAGAGUCAUAUUUCGAUGUUUGAUGAAACAAGCGCGACGAAAAGUUACACUUCAGAAUUAAAGUCUCAUCACUAUGAACUUAAUUGGACGAUAAAAGAUUUUGAACUCGUUUGUAAGAGCGUUUUACUAAUUAAGUCACCAAAGUUUCCGUCGAAAUCUUUAACCGAUCUCCAAUGGUUUCUACAAUUUAAUCCAACAGAAUUAAAGGCAAACAAUACAAAUGACUUUAUAGUUUUUUUAAAAAACACCAAAAACAGUACCGAACGUAUUAAUGUUCGAAUUUCAUUUAUCAACUCAAUAACUGCAGUUUAUUCAUUAAUAACUCCACGUAUUAUAAGUUCUACUAAUGCUAAGUGGAUGGUAAAUGGAUCUGAGUUUCGUCAAAAGCUUGGCAAAGCUAUAUCAAAAAAUGUUCUAGUCAAAUGCAAACUUAGUGUUUUUGAUUCACUGACAACGAUUGAGGAAGAGCCGCCAGUUAAACGUAGGAAGUGUAACGAUCCAAUGGAAAACAUGAAAAGUUUACUCGGUAAUGAGAAUUUCAAAGAUGUUAGGUUCAAAGUAGAGGAUAAGGAAUUCACAGCCCAUAAAGCGAUUCUCGCCAUUCGAAGUCCCGUCUUCGCUGCGAUGUUCAACAGCAAAAUGAGUGAAGAGCUAACGUCGAUUGUUCAAAUAAAGGACAUAAAGCCGACAAUAUUUCAACAAAUGCUGAAUUUUAUCUACAAUGUCGAAAUAAAAGAUCUUGACGAAGUGGCACUUGAUUUAUUUUGCGUGGCUGAAAAAUACCAACUGGAAGAAUUGAAGACUAAUUGCAUUAAUUCUUUGUGCAAAAAUCUAUCUGCAAAAACAGUUUUUGAUACUCUUGAAAUGGCCGAUUUAUAUUCACUCCCUGAAGUAAGAUCUGAAUGUCUAAAAUUAUUGAUAACUGAAUGGAAUGUAAUUAGUGAGACAAAAGAGUUCAAAAAUCUAAUACAAAAUCGACCGUAUUUAACAGUUGAAAUUGUGAACAUGCGUCAAACAUUAGAUAAAAAAGAAAAUGCAGAAAGUAACAAGUCUCUAAAUUUGCCUUUUGCUUUUCGUAAUUAAAGUUUGUUUCUAUUUAAUAUAUUAUUCAUCGCCGUUUUGAGUGUUAUAAACACAAUAUUGCUUAGGCUGAUUACUUUAUAAAUCGU